AUGACUGCAUACCAUUUCAUGUGCAAAAAAUGCAAUAAUUCGGAUGAAGAAGUUUUUUCAAAGAAGCAGGCUAACUUUGCCAUCAUGUGUCAGACCGCUUUAGCCAAUCUUAUGUGCACUCAUGGUGGCCGUGUUUGUUUCUCAGAGGAGCACGAAAUAUUCCCUUUUCUCGAUACUAAUUGGGACGUCCUAACGUUUCAGCCGCGAAAGGCGAAUGACUCUUGGCAUGCGAACAUACACAAAACGCUGACUAGCAACGAACUUUUCAAUGCAGUCGACGUCAAAUCCGAUCUGUUUGUGUCACUAUCGUGUCAGGAUCUCGGUAAAAUUGGCCCGAGCUACGAGCGAUUCCGCGCUUUGACCAGCCAGCUUAAGACAAACUUCAGCAAGCUCGGUCUUCCCUCUCCCGGAGUAAUGCCAGAUUCAUCUGGUUUUGCUUCCGGUGAUGGCUCCGGUCUCUCCUGCGGUCCAAAUGCGUCACCAAAUGUAGGCGCUGAUGGGUACAUCCUUGUUGAGCCCGAUCCCCACGCGAGUGGUCGUCAGUUAUGGGACGAGAGUGAGCACACUGCUGGCAAACCCAUUCCCGGAUACUUUUAUCGCGUUUGCCAUUGUCCUAAGGUCGUCCUCUCCCUCAAUGACCGCGCACAUCAACUUAAGCUUCAUGAAUCGCAGCUGACAAUUACGGGCGAGAAGGGUUACUCCAUGGUGAGAGCCACGCACAGUGUGCAUACAGGCAACUGGUACUUCGAGGCAACGAUAACAGACCAACCGGAAGGUUCUGCCACAAGAAUUGGCUGGUCGCAAAUGCUGGGUAAGUGA